AUGGACACUGAUAUUCACUAUGGCUGCGAUUCGUUCACACAGAGUGAAAAUCUUGAAACAUUUGGUCUUAUCUGGCUCGAUGCGAAUCCUAACAACAUGGAAAAAAGUCGAAAUACGGAGCGGCAAAUGCGGGAUAUCAUCAAUCAUUUCAGAAAAUUUGAAGAUCUAGACAAAUGUAAAGAAUACAUUGAGCAAGCUUCAAAAGAAGAUCGACUUGUGCUGAUCGUUAGCGAUGAGCUGGGUCGAGAAUUAGUACCUCGUAUUCAUCGAUUACAACAGGUUUCUUCAAUCUAUGUCUACGGUAUGAACAGCACCGUCAACGGACGAUGGACUUCUCAGUUUACGAAGAUCAAAGUCAGCACGGUUCAACUCGACAAACUCCUUGUUCAAAUCAAAUCAGAUCAGCGGUUACGAGCGAGAGUACAAGAACCUUUCUCGGCUCACAUUUUCAAUACGGGUUGUGUCUCAGAUAAAUCGACAACAGAAAUUAAUGGUCAUACCAAGCGUGAAGUGGCUGAUAUUUACUUGUAUCGUGGAGACUCUAUAGAUAAUUUGGAGCUAGUUCUGUUCGAGAUCGAUGCUGCUCCCCAUGUAGGCUCUACAAAACCAUUUGCUUAUAUCAGUCCUUAUAGCAAUUUCCCUGAUGAAUCGGAAGUACUUUUCACUCUUGGUUCCGUUUUCCGUCUUAUCAGUAUUAGUGCAGGUGAUGAUAAAUUGUGGACCAUUCGAAUGGAACUAUGUACAGAUGAUGAACACAGUAUGAAAUAUGUCCUUAGCGAAAUGAGAAAUAAGUACAGAACUGGAGAGACGAGUCUUCAUGUCUUUGCCAAGCUUUUGGCAGAGAUGGGAAAAUUUGAUUUGGCUGAAAAGUACUAUCGUCGGUUGCAUAAUGAAAUCCCAUCUGAUGAUCCCUCGCAAAAAGACGUAUGCAACGAGCUCGCUACAGUUUUCUCCCAAAAAGGAGAGCUCAAUAUGAGUAUGGAAUGGCGUGUAAAAGCAUCCAAAAUCCCUGAGUACAGGAAUCUGAGACUCGAAAAAAAAAUUUUCAAACGUGACCAGCAUUCACCUGUUUUUUUACGCAAAUGCAGAUUAUGUGAUCGAGAUAUGAAGAUUGUGGCUCAACAGGCAAUCGUCGUUAAAAAAUGCACUUUGCUAGACUUAGCCGAUAAUAAUAUUACUCCAGAAGGUCUUCUGAUUCUGGCAAAUGCAUUGCACCAUAAUAGAAAAUUAGAAAAGCUAGAUCUUUCCUGCAAUACAAUAUCUGAUAUAGGUGUUUCCAUUAUCGCACACUCGAUCAAGAAUUCAACUGUAACGAUACUCGUCCUUGAUUGCAAUCGUAUCACAGAUGAGGGUGCAAGAUAUUUGGCAGAAAUGCUCAGAACAAAUAAAAUAUUAGUUUACUUGGGGCUCAGUAGCAAUUGUAUAGGCGAGCAAGGUGUGAAUUAUUUAGCUGACGCACUCACUACGUGUAACACAACUCUCAAAGAGCUGUCUCUUCAAUCGAACAAAUUUCUCAGGGACUCAAGUAUUGAUUCUCUCUUUGCAAUACUCAAAUACAACAACGCGUUGGACACACUUGACAUCAGUGGUUGCAAUAUGUCCACUGUUGGUAUAGCAAGACUUCAGGACGAAGCAAAACAAAAGUCAAGUUUUCAUUUCGUAACAACUACAACGGAGGCAUUUCAUCACUCACAUCCGGCAUCAUCAUGGGUUAAGGUAUUUCUGUCGAGAAUAAAGUAA